UCCAACAGCGUUUGCACAUUGAUCAGGAACUGUGUGAACGCCGCUAUUGUAAUCUGAAGUGCUGAACUUCAUUCAGCAGGCAUUUUGUUGAACUCCUUAAAUUCUGGAUCGAAUAUCGUGAUCCCAUUAUCUCUGGACAUAUUAAACAUUUUAGUGGUUUUAAUGUUCAGCGGAGUGAGUGGCCAGUGGCAUCAUGGGUUUGCUGUUACCAGCCAGUGUGCUGAAGUGAGCUGGACCCACCCUCGACUAUAAACUACGACCCCUGGGGUUAAGCCCCUCCUCCAGUCCGAGCGAGGGACUAGCAGUCAUGGCGGGCAUCAAGCGCGGCUAUGACGGAAAGAUCGCCGGACUGUAUGACCUGGACAAGACACUGGGCCGUGGGCACUUUGCAGUGGUGAAACUAGCACGCCAUGUCUUCACUGGAGAGAAAGUGGCAGUGAAGGUCAUUGACAAGACCAAGCUGGACACGGUGGCCACUGGGCACCUCUUCCAAGAGGUGCGCUGCAUGAAGCUGGUGCAGCAUCCCAACAUCGUUCGUCUCUACGAGGUCAUUGACACACAGACCAAGCUCUACCUGAUCCUGGAACUGGGCGAUGGAGGGGACAUGUUUGAUUACAUCAUGAAGCACGAGACAGGCCUGAAUGAGGAUCUGGCUAAGAAAUACUUUGCCCAAAUCGUCCAUGCCAUCUCCUACUGCCACCGACUCCAUGUGGUCCACCGUGACUUGAAGCCUGAGAAUGUGGUGUUCUUUGAGAAGCAGGGCCUCGUCAAGUUAACUGACUUUGGCUUUAGCAAUAAGUUCCAGCCGGGGAAGAAGCUUACGACCAGCUGCGGCUCCUUGGCCUACUCUGCCCCUGAGAUCCUUCUGGGGGAUGAGUACGAUGCACCAGCAGUAGAUAUCUGGAGUCUGGGAGUUAUCCUGUUUAUGCUGGUAUGUGGGCAGCCUCCCUUCCAGGAGGCCAACGACAGCGAAACCCUCACCAUGAUCAUGGACUGUAAAUACACGGUACCUACCCACGUCUCCAAUGCCUGCAAAGAUCUGAUUAACCGGAUGCUGCAGAGGGACCCAAAGCACCGGGCCUCCCUGGAGGAGAUCGAGAGCCAUGCGUGGCUGCAGGGGGUGGAUCCCUCCCCGGCAACAAAGUUCAGCACGCCCUUGGUGUCCCACAAGAACCUGUCUGAAGAAGAACACAACAGCAUCAUUCAGCGUAUGGUGCUGGGAGACAUUGCAGACCGUGAGGCCAUCAUCGAAGCCCUAGAGACUAACAAAUACAACCACAUCACAGCUACCUAUUUCCUGCUGGCCGAGCGUAUCUUGCGGGAGAAGCAGGAGAAGGAGGUGCAGCCACGGUCCUCCAGCCCCAGCAACAUCAAGGCCCACUUCAGGCAGUCAUGGCCCACUAAAAUCGACAUGCACCAGGACAUCGAGGACAGCCUAGCGGCGUCCUCCAUCUCCCACGCGGGGGGGCCACAGUCGCCCGCCCGCAGUGCAGAGAACCUGCUGAACGGCCACCGCAGCAAAGGCCUUCUGGAGCUGGGCCGGCGCGAGGAGAGCAGCGAGGCGGGCACCAGUGGCCCCACUCCCAGCCCAGCAGCCUCGCUUCCACCCAACCCGCUCAAGCCCAGCAGCAUGGCCCCACCGGCAGCCGCCUCUGCCAAGCAGCGUACCUGCCUCUUCCGUGUGGAGGAGGACGAGGAGGAGGAGGAGGAGCAGGACCCGUCGCCGCUGCCCACCCAGGUGGUUCUGCGGCGCAAGCCACCAUCCAUCACCAACCGGCUAACGUCACGCAAGAGCGCCCCCGUGCUAAACCAGAUCUUCGAGGAGGAGGGCGAGUCGGACGAUGACUUCGACAUGGACGAGAGCCUGCCGCCCAAGCUGAGCCGCCUCAAGAUGAACAUGGCGUCGCCGGGGACGGCGCAGAAACGCUACCACCGGCGCAAGAGCCAGGGCCGCGGCUCCAGCUGCUCCAGCUCAGAGACCAGCGACGAUGACUCAGAGAGCCACCGUCGGCGCCUGGACAAGGAGUCGGGCUUCACCUACAGCUGGAACCGCAGGGACAGCAGCGAGGGCCCGCCCGGCAACUCGGGCGGCAACGGAGGGGGCGGCAGCAGUGGUGGGCAGGGCAAACCCCCAGGGGAGGGCAACUCUGGACCAGACAGGGGCAGCCCGCCUGGCGGGGGUGGAGGAGGUGGUGGGGGCGGGGGCGGAGGCAGUGCGGGAGGAGGGGGCGGAUCUAAGGGGCAGGGGAGCCCAUCCAGCUGCUCGAGCGGCAACAGUAACCCGACGUCGGGUUCGGCGCGCAGCGCACCCAGGAGCGCCGGUGAGCUGGUAGAGAGCCUGAAGCUCAUGAGCCUGUGCCUGAGCGCUCAGUUCCAGCACCGCAGCUCAGGGCGAGGUGGGCGCUUCAUCAUCGACCCACGCAGCCUCUCCAGCGUCAGGGUGCAGGAGAAGAGCGCCUGGAAGAUGUGCGUCGGCUCCAGCAGCAGCCUGGACAAGGUGGCUGUGCCCAGCCACGCCACCAUCAGCAGCAGCAGCUCAGUGGACCUCUACCAGGACCAAACAGUGGCCAUGCUCAAAGAACUAGACCUGGCCACAGAGAACAACCUGAACUUGAAAAACAACGUGCUUCAGCUACCUCUGUGUGAAAAGACCAUCUCCGUAAAUAUCCAGAGGAACCCCAGGGACGGGCUGCUCUGUACGUCUGCCCAGGCCAGCUGCUGCCAGGUCAUAUGACGGUGGGUCAGGUGACCAGUCCUCGUAGCAGGUCGCUCCUGUCACAGCAUUUGUAGCAUUAUGAGGACUAGAGUACUCUUCCAGUAGCUGUGUAUGACCUUUUCCUAUCCUCAGCCUUCUAUGUUGUCUUAAUCAUUCUUUCAAAUCUAUUUAUUGGGUUCAUUUCCUUGGACCCGUUUGAUUUUAUGAGGUGCACGCUGCUAACCCCCCCUUUUUUUUUUUUUCUUUUUUUUUUUAUAAUGUUGAGCGGUGGUCCUAUUAAGUUCCACCCCGUUUUACAUUACGCCUCCCUGCCAUUUUUUCUCAUGUCUUUUAACCUCUUGAAGUGAUGAUCACUUAAGAUGCAUUACAUGGUUCUGCAUUGGCCAGUCAAAUAAAAAUACCUGUCAAUUUUUUUUUAAUGAAAUAUACAAAUAAAGCUAAGUAAGUAAUGACCAAAUAAUGACCAGUACAUAGUAGUUAAAAAUGUGAGCACGAGAAUCCUUGUAGGAUGUAACUGGUGCAAAAUUUAAGCCAAAUGAAAUCUCUGUAGACUACAGGCAGUAGUAAUGAUGAUGUUUUUAAGAAGAAACUCGCACAAAAGGAAACUCCAGUUCUGAUUCCAGCUCCUAUCUGAUGUCUUAAACUAAAUGACCAAUUACAAUUUAGUAAUGUGCUUCUGUGGAACACAGUUAAUUAAAUUACAUGUUGAGAAGUUCAUAUUGAUGGUUUUUGAACUUAGAAACAUUACCUUUGGCAAGAUAGUUUAGUAAUGUUUGAAAGAUUUGUGAAUCCCAAUAGAAAUUCAGUUUUUACUAUUUGUAUCAUUUAUCUCUCUUCUUUUUAAUUAGGUGCCCCCCCCCCCCAAAAAAAAAAAAAAAAUCAAAACAGGAAACUACUGAUAGUCAGGAAAUUGAUGUGGGGUUUUGGGGGUUUUUUUGGGCUCUUUUGUUAAUUAUAUUGACAAAUUGUUUUCCUGUGGUUCAGAUGCAUAAGCUAGAAAUUCCCAACAUUAGUCUGAAAGUUUUGUCUACAGUGUACAAACUGACUGAAGAAAGUUGAAACCAUAUGAUAAACUGCCAGCUUGCAGUGUUAAGUCUGCCUAAGUUUGUAUCCAAUUGUUAAAUACCAUACUUAAUUAUUUCAAACGUUUAUCCAAAGUGAUAGCAUGUUAUUCAAAUCGGAACAGUUUGUCUGGACUGCAUUAGACAGGCCAUGCACCUUAAUAUAGCAUUUUUCUGUUAUGUUACCUUUUUAAAAUCCACACACCAAUUCAGAUACUCAUGACACUGCAGCAGUAUGUCAGUUGUAAAUUGUACCCACAGAAGUGGAUCAGGUAGCAAACUGAUUAGCUGCUUGUCCAUGGCUGUGUGCUGUAUCUGAUCACCUGUAUCAAUCUUUAAUGAACCAUUAGCACUGAUGAGCCAUGGUCUGCCUGUGUACCUGCAGUUCUAGCGCCAAAUGACUGGUUUUAUUCUGAAGAAAAGGUGAAAAAAAAAGCGUUAGUCUCCUAAAUGCUGUUCAGCUUCAAAUCCUAGGCCAGCUGGUCUCACCUUAGUUGUUCCUUUGUGCCAUUGAUACUUUUGUUACUGUAUACCAGUCUCCAUUUAAGACAGGCCUUAGGAGAUGUCUAUAGGGUAUGUAAAUACAUUUUUAAAAGUUUAUUUUUUGAAAGGACUGCUGUUUUAAAAUGCUGUGUUGAAUAGAGACAUUGGGUUGGCUUUUGAGUUUAAGCCAUGCUAGUUUGUCACCUAGCAGCCUAGGCUCCAACUAUCAGAUACUCCUGAAACUUUACUGAGCUGCUCGUGUGUGGACACUUUCAGGACAUCUAGAAUCGCCUGGUGUAGGGGCUGAUAUCAAAGCUAUAAAGGGCCAAGGCUAAGCCAGAGGACAGUGGUAGGGUAAGAGAGAUUUUAAGGGCAUUGGCAAUAAGCUAUAAGUUGCAGCUAUCUGUAAAUAUACAUAUUUUUCUUUUAUAUUUCAUAACAUGUACAGCCUUAGAAUGGCUCACUUGACCGAAAAAGAAAAUUAUUGUGAGUAUUUUUCUUUUCUUUUUAAACAAUAAGGUGUGUAAAUAUAAAUGUAAAUAUGGUGCUCUCUAUAGAACUGCAGUGUUGGCCAUCUGGUUAAGAGCUGUAAUAUAGCCUUAUUAGUUAUGAGUGUCAAAGAAAAAUUUAGCAAAGUUGAGAAAAACAGUGCUAUAUUCAUAAUGUCAGUCUCAGACUUUGUCCUGCUCUGAUAUAAGCAGGUAAAAUGACGUGCAUGUUGGACGUUUGACUUAAUUUAUCCAUGUACAUCAAGGGAAAAGAACCAUCACAAAAUGUUACUGGACCAAAAUCAUGUACUGGCAUAGAAAGAAAAUGAAAUGGAUAAAUGUACUGUUGUUGAAAUUUGUCUUCAAAACUUACAUAUAGCUAUGGUAAUGUCCAAAAUUAAAUGUUGUGGAAAAUGUC